UGCAGAUGGAUAGACGUUGGAUUCGUGGUACACUGUUCUGUCGUGAGUACAUUAAUGGUGUCAAAGAGUUUAUGAACCUCAUUCAAGAGAAAUUUAGUGAGGAUGAUAAAAUACUCUGCCCAUGUAGAGAAUGCCUUAAUCACAAAUACUGGCAUCAGGCCGUUGUGAACAAGCACAUAUUGACAAAUGGCAUGGAAACUACAUACACUCAUUGGAUAUAUCACGGAGAAGACUUCGAUGCAGAUGUUAUUGAACAUCCUGUUGAUGUGCAUGACAUCGAGGAUGGUAACAAUGGUGAUGACCAAUUUGAUGAGAUGUUUGGAGACCUAUGCACAGCAGUACAACAAGGUCAGAAGGAAACUGAAGAUGAAGAUGGUAAUAAUGAUGCAAACCCUUCUGAGAAUGAGUCUUUUCUGGCAAACGUGAAGAAAGAGGCUAAGCGACACCUUUAUCAUGGUUGUACCAAGUUUUCAAGGUUCUCAUUUGUGGUGAAGCUUCUUCAUUUGAAGUCAUCCCAUAGGAUCACAAAUAGUGCAUUUACUGACAUAUUGAAGCUAUUGGUUGAAGCUUUCCCUCAACCAAAUACACUCCCAAGGUCGUAUGAGGAAGCAAAAAAAUCUUCUGAAGGAAUUAGGCCUUGGGUAUGAGUCUAUACAUGUGUGCUUCAAUAACUGCAUUCUGUUCAGAAAGCAAUAUGCCAAGCAUGACAACUGCCCAGUUUGUGGCAUGUCAAGGUGGAAAGACCCUACUAGA